AUGGGUGAACUGGACCACGGACCAUUCUUUGCAACUCAUAGGAUUAGUGACGUAGAAAAUCUGGUGAUUCCUAUGAGAAAGGGCCUUUGCAGCCAGAAGUAUAAACCUGUUGACUACAAACAUCUGUAUGAACUUGCUGCAGAAGAAAAAGUUGCAUCUGCAAAAAUUCAGUUAAAGAUUAAAAAAACAGAGCAAGUUUCAAAAAUUAACAAAGAGCAAAUGCUGCUGAAACAGCAUCAGCAAGUGUGGUGGCAAGAGCAUAAAAGACUGAGUGAGAAUAGGCAAAAAGCAGAAGCAGAAAUAAAGUCUUUUCUUGAUGAAGAAAGCCAUAAGCAGAACUUUUUUUCAGAUAUGAAGGACUUGGAGCAUAAAUUAUCAAAGGAGCGGGAUACAUACCGAACAAAAGCUGUAGUUCCUGUCUGGCAACUCAAAGAGAAUUUCAACUGCAGGCUGUCCGAAAUGCAGUGUUACCUCUCAGAAGAAUCUUGUCUGAGAUCUAAGUUCAAUCUGGUUGAGAUGUUACAGCAGAUUGAAUUUGUGAAGAAGCAGCAGGAGGCAAUUUUGGAAUUCCUUCUCCUUGAAAGUCUGGCUUUGGAAAGACAGCUUGAAGACUAUAAAACAAAAGUGUUAGUGCAUUCUUCUGAAGAGAAAAAUGGACUUUUCCUUGAAGUUCCUUCAGCACUACUGUCUUUGGAAUGCCCCUAUCCUGAUUUGAAGACCUUCAUUAUCAAUGAAUACCAAAAGCUUGCAAGUGGGUACUGGUCUAAGCUUCAAGAGAUUGAUCAACAGUUAAAAGUGUUGUAUAGGAACCUUGAAUGGAAGGAAGAUGAUCAGUGGGUUUUUCAGACUGUUAUCAAUCAGUAUCCAAGUGAUCUUCAGAGGAGGAGGACUUUGUACCUGGAUGUGCUGCAGAGAUACCUUCCUCAUAAAUCUAGGCAUGAUCUGGUUGUUCAUGAGAAAGCUUGGGAUCGUUACCGUUUCGUCAUGAAUCAGCGCAGAGUCUUGCUGUUAAACUGGGCUGAAGCUGGGAAAGCCUUUUUGCUUAAGGCAACAGCGACCGUUGCAGAAGCUUCUGCUGCACACGAGACAGAAGCAGCACUGGCUCGUACCAGACAAAAGCAACAGGAGGUUUGUGCUGAUCUGAAAGCAAAGGUUCUACAGUGGAAGGCAGAGGCUGCAAAACUAGAAGCUGCUGUAGCUGCCAGAAGAAAAGACAAGACAGAUGAGAAGGAAAGGCUACAGAAAGAAAAGGAAAUGAUUCGUAGAGCUCAGGAGAAGGAGAAAGUGAGAAAGUACUGGGCUGAGAAACAGCUCAAGCAGAAAGAACAGGAAGAGAAAGAUCUGCAGCGUCUGGAGGAAUUAAGAAAAUUAAUGGCUGAACAAGCAGUUAAAGAUAAAGAAAGGGUGGAGCUCAGACGGGCAUUGCUAGAAAGGCGGCUGCAGGAGAAAAGGGAGCUGGCCCUUCAAGGAGCUCUUGAAGAAGAGGAAAAAGAGAAAUGCCUCGAAGCACUCCGACAGCAGGUUGCUGUUGUUGCAAAAUUGGAUCCAGCCAGAGUAGUGGCUGAUACGGUGGCAUCUAAAGCUCGGAUGGGCCUUGGAACCAAAGAAGAGUUUGAUCUUCAGAAGCCACUGUUUAAGUUGCAUACAUACAGUGAACAGCAGAUCAUUUCUGACCCCAGACUUCGUGUUGAGCGAGCUCUUCGAGAAGCUGGACUUCAUAAAACACUUUAUGCAAAAGAGAUUUUACCAAAAAUCCCUCCACUGAAGCUUCCAAGAAGAGAUAUGGAAUCUACAGCUUUUAAAAUGUAG